AUGAGGGCCAUGGGCCCCGUCCCAGGCGCAGUGGGGCUCUCCUACGGCGUGGGCCGGCGCGACCCGUGGAGCGAGCAGCUGAGCAACCUCUUCGGCGUGCCGAGCAGGCUGUUUGGCUGCCUGGCAGAGGGGGGGCCCGCGCUGCUGGACGGCGUGACGCGCAAUGGCGCGCUGUCCUGCCGGGGGCAGAAGGGCAUCUGCUACGAGAAGCCCUACACCCUCUUCGCCGCGGCCUGCCCCGCGGGCGGUGGAGGCGGCCAGCGCGAGCGUUUCUUGCAGCACCUCCGCGACCAGGCCCCGCUCUCCGCUCACGUGAAGAUGAACGUCGAGGACGCGGAGUGGGACUUGCUGCGGGGCCUGCUCGGCAGCGGGGAAGACUUCGAGAAGGUUCGGACCCUCGACCUGACGGUGCACUUGAGUGCCGCCAGUGCCGGCAGGCAGGACCUCGAGGACCGGGUGACCGUGCUGGAGAGGCUGGCGCAGCGUUUCAGUGUCGUCGGGUCCACGCUGGAGUACCAGAGGGAGCUGUGGAGCCCCGAGGCGAGGUGCCCCGGAUCCGACUGCCCAGAGCCCGCGGUGCACCUCCCCAGCAUGGCGGUGGACGGGCUGUCCGUCAGCCUGGUCAACAGGCGGCUGGUGGCGCGCUGGCGGGCGCCCAGCGGGCAUCGGCGGCACGCGCCUGACGUCCCUCCGACGUCCCCGCCGGGCGCCGAACAGUUCGUGUCCAGGGUGGAGAAGCCGUGCCAGAGGGUCCUCGGCGGCAAGAGCUCCCGCCCCGGCGUACCCUGCCUCCCGCCCGCACAGGCCUACCCGUACAAGAGCUGGACGCGAUGGCGCCUCGACCUCGGCGAGCGCGUGGCAGUAGCCGUCACGCCCACGAUCACGGAGGCGCAGUGUGGCGGCUUCUCGUUCUAUGGGGACUCCACGCUGUGUAAUGCGGCCAUGGGAAAGGCUGGCGCGUUGGCCCUGUCAUACGGCAUCGAGGAGCGCGACUUGUGGAGCGAGAGGAUGAGCAACAUCUACCACCUCCGAACCAAGCUGUACGACUGCUUCAUCCCCCCUGCGAGGUCUCCCCCGAUGGCUGGUGUGGCGCCCAACGCUACAGGCCCUUGCCAGCUCGAGGGCAGCCACUGCUACGAGCAGCCUUACGAGCCGUACCGCGUGUGCCUUGGGCCCGAGGCGGCUCCAUGGUGGAAUAUUCGCGCAGGUCCACCCGUUUGUUGGUGCACAGGUCCACGGUUACACUGGUCCACCGACCAUUCCUCCGCAGCUCUACCUUGGGCCCCAUGGAGACCAUCUUGGGGCAUCUUGAGGCCAUCUGGGGCAGUCCUGCGGCCAUCUCGGCCCGUCCCGAUGUGCAGCACCGCUCAACGAUGCGUUGUCAACCGAAUUCGCAGGGUAGGCCCUCUCCAUUUUCUGUGCGCUUCAGCUUUGGCUUCGGCUUCAGCUGCCGAUGCACCGUGA